AACCACCCCAAACGCUCUCCAGGCUGAGCCGUUGAGUCUAUUCUUUUCAGUUUUCGCUCACUUCACACUUUCCUUACACAUGCACUUUCCUUUGAAUAUGCUCUCGGUUUCCCUUUGUAUUUCUCUACUUGUUGCAUUUGCUAAUGCCAUCCCUCUCAAAAGAACAAUGUCUGCUGAGGUCAGUAUGCCACCACCUGCUACUUCUCUUCACUCUGCGACACCAGUCUCUUCCUCCGAGUCUCUACCCGCGGCAUCCUCAGCCACUACCACAACCAUUGUCUCUGGAGGUCCUUCUACUACCACUACCACUCCCACUGUCUUAUCUUCUGCUCCAAAAUAUGUUGUGGCGCAUGUUAUCGUAGGAAACACUUAUCCAUACACAGUCGAUAAUUGGAAAUCGGACAUUUUGCUUGCACACGCCAACGGGAUCGACGGGUUUGCAUUGAAUGUUGGAUCUGAUAGCUGGCAGCCCCAAAGAGUUGCUGACGCAUAUAGUGCAGCUGCACAAUCCAGUACCGGCUUCAAGCUUUUCUUGUCUUUUGACAUGUCUGCAAUGCCGUGUAGCUCUAGUGAAGACGCCUCAGUUCUCCGCAAUUACAUCACUACCUAUGCUUCACAUCCAAAUCAAUUGAUCUAUAACGAUCGUGUAUUUGCAUCCACAUUCUCUGGAGAAUCAUGUACUUUCGGACAAGGAAGUGUUCCAUCAGGCUGGUCUACGCAGUUUACACAGCAUCCAGACCUGACCGGGUCAAAUGCGGUCUACUUUGUCCCUUCAUUUUUUGUGAAUCCGAACCAGUUCAAUACAUUUGGUGAUGUUAUGGAUGGUGAUUUCAAUUGGAACUCUGGCUGGCCCAUUCAAGUUAGUACAUCAUUUGCAACGUCUCUCUUGAAGCCCCUAGGAGCAGCACUCUCUAGUCUCUCCUCAAAGGCAACAACUGCUCUGGCGCAGUUCGUUGGAUCAAACUCCAGUGACUCUGAGUACCUCAGCGCACUGGCUACAAUGGGAGGCCAGAAUCGGACUUAUAUGGCAGCAGUGUCUCCUUGGUUCUUCACACACUAUAGCCCUCAAACUUACGACAAAAACUUCAUCUAUCUCAGCGAUGACCAUUUGUACUCCAAGCGAUGGGAAUCGCUCGUCGCUAUGCGAGACCAGGUCGACAUUGUUCAAAUUGUGACAUGGAAUGAUUAUGGUGAAUCACACUACAUCGGCCCAAUUGAGGGUGCACAACCUAACAGCCAAGGUUGGGUGGACGGCCUUGAUCACACCGGCUGGCUCAACAUGACAUCGUACUAUUCAUCUGCAUUUAAGACUGGUUCAUACCCUGCCGUCACCAAAGACCAACUGUACCUAUGGUCACGCACACACCCCGUCAAUGCUGAUGCACCCGAUCCAGUUGGACGGCCAUCGAAUUAUCAGCUGACACAAGAUAAACUAUGGGCCGUGGUGAUGGCUACCGCUCCUUCUACUGUCAUUCUCUCCACCUCUUCUACCAACUCCCAGACGUUUUCUGUCCCGGAAGGUGUGUCAAAACUUUCAUUACCGAUCGAAGCAGGCGGAAUCAUGCACGGUACGAUCACGAGAAAUGGCCAGACUGUUGUUGAUCUUCAGCCGAGCAAUUUCACAUUCAAUCCGAAUCCACCGUCGUACAAUUUCAAUGCUUUUGUUGCUUACUCUGCGUAGAUGCAUCUCAUGACUCGUUUUCGACGAAUUUUGUUUCUUUGGAUAUUUGGCAUGUCGGAAAAAUCCAAUUCACCUGAUCAGGACUGCUGGAGCAUGCUGCGAGUACGGUGUUGCCUGACGACCUUAUAAGGGAGCUGGAGUAUAAAACCAUAGUGCAGAUGAAAAGCCUAUCAUCAUGUCUUAUGAGACCUUACAAGGGGAAUAGAGGACGUGAUAAGGUGUGAUCAAGCCCUAUGGAAUCGUAGCGAAAAAUGAAAAA